AUGGCUUCAUACAAUUUUUUUAGUGUUCCUAAAGGAGUUAUUGGCAAUGAAUGGAUUACAUUUCUUGAAAAACUUAGUUUUAUACUUUCUUACAAGAUUUCACAAGAUCAUAUGGAGAUACUGUUCUCAGCUAUCAGAUCAAGUGAGUGCUUCAUCAAUAAUCCUACCGCUUCCCAGUUUGAAGCUACCUUAAAAAAACUAUUGGUUCAUAGUGAGUUGUCAAUUUCAAAAAAUGCUAAUUGUGGACCUCAAGAUACUAUCAAUAUUCUUCAUGCUGUAAGUAGUAAAGAAAUUCUAGGUCAAAAUUUUUUAAAUAUUCUUUGUAUGGAAGAAAAAGAAAGUUUUACAGAUGAGCCUGAACAAAACAACAAACCUGAAGAAAUUAAUGUUUAUAAAGAAGAUAUUAUUGAACAUAUAGCUGGAUUUGUUGUAAAACAGUUAAAUGAAAUUAUUGACUGUUCGAUUUGUUGUUCAGUUCUUAAAGAUCAGUAUAGAAAACACACGCUUAUUGAUAUUAAAAAUAGAGGAGGACUUAAGAAACCACCAUUUGAUGUUAUAAAAAUAUGUUCUUAA